GGAUGCAGUUGUUUUGUAACUGUUGUGCGGGCGUUACUCAAUCGUAACUAUAAGACUUCACUCGGUACAAAUUAAACUUUGUUGCCAGUUGACAGUCCGUGCUGAAAAUGGCGAAAGUCGACCUCGCUCAGGUUGGGAAGAACCUGCUGAAGAGCGCUGAAACUGAAGAGAGUGUAGAGCUCCAGUCUCUGUGGCAGGACCAGCCGGUGGUCUUGUUCUUCCUGCGCAGGUUUGGCUGUCAGGUGUGUCGAUGGAUGGCAUCAGAGAUCAGCAAACUAGAGCCGGACCUGAGAGCCAGCGGUGUGGCCCUGGCAGGCGUCGGGCCAGAAGAGUUCGGGCUGGCAGAGUUCAAGGAAGGAGGGUUUUUCAAAGGAUCUCUUUAUGUUGAUGAAACAAAGAAAACCUACAAGGAUUUGGGCUUCAAAAGGUACACAGCCAUAAGCGUGGUUCCUGCUGCUUUGGGGAAGAAAGUACGAGAUAUAGCUGCAAAGGCCAAAGCUGACGGCAUCCAGGGAAACUUCUCAGGAGAUCUGCUGCAGAGCGGAGGCAUGCUCAUUGUGGCCAAAGGUGGAGAAAAGGUCCUACUGCACUUUAUCCAGGAUUCACCCGGAGACCACCUACCUCUGGAGGAUAUUUCUAAGGCUUUGGGUAUCUCAGCCACGGUAAAAGCAGGACAGAGGCCGGUGUGCAACGAUGAUGUUUGUACACGAUGAAUACCGUCACAUUGGGAAGCUGAAAUGGAGAUUUAACAAGUGGAAUAUCAGUAAAAUCCUGAAGUGAAGAUAAAACUUCUGCCAACAUUCUUGUGAUUUCUGUGUCACAGUUAUAUAAUAAUCUGCAACAGUGACAUUCCUUUAUAAUCGUUUCAAUCAAAUCUUUUAACACAUUUUAAAUUUACUUGCACUUAUACUGAUCAUGAUUGGUUUUUUUUUUAUUGGCUAUUUAUGACUUUGCAGUUGCAUUUGCAGUUUGUAUUAAACUCAGAGUUUCUAAAAUAAA